GGGCACGGCGGCGGCGAGCGGCGAAGAGGCAUCGCCCUAGAUAACGGUAGAAUCACGCAGUGGUAUCGCGUUGUCUUCUCGCGAGAGAGUGUGAAAAUCUAGGCGGCGGGGGUACAGGAAGGGCAGGCGGCGGCAGGAAGAAGAGAAGAGAGAGAUAGAGAGAGAGAGGCGCGUCCGUCCGCGUACAGCGUCGUCGUGUCAUCGCCGUCAUCGCGUCAUCGUCAUCGUCGUCAUAGUCUUCUUCGAGGCUCGCGUUGCCCUCGUGCAAAACCUACGAACGAGAGUGUGUGCGCGGCUACGGAUCGAUCGGUACGCACGGUGCCGAUAUCAGGCGCGCCGUGUGUGUGUGUGUGUGUGUGUGUGUGUAUGUGUGUGUGUGUGCGAGCUACCUCGAGGUGAGACGAAGACGCGUCGCAUCGAGAGAGAACCGGGUGUCGCAUUUGUUAACGCUGCGACGCGAGUACCGAGCAGUACCGAUCCUCGGCGGCUAGAAUCGGCGUUAACCAAGCUGGCUAGUUGGCUAACGGAGCGAUAGUCGAUCGACAGUAAGAACGAAUAACGCACAACCUAUCCUCGGUUCUCCUCAUGGACUCGUGACAGUAGUGCGGCGACGGAGAAGCUCAGUAGAGUAAGAGAGAGUAAGAGAGAGAGAGAGAGAGAGAGACAGACAGACAGAGUGCGCGGGUGGGCCAGGUAGCGCUACUAAUUGCCGAGAUCUCUCAGUCGCGUGGCGACGAGGAAGAGGCGGACGAGAGGCGCGUGUGAGACGAGGGGACAACGAGGAACGCGAGGAGGAAAGAGAGAAGAGCGUACAGGCUUGCCUCUGCGUGCGUGUGUCGAUGUGUGUGCGCGCCUGAGAGCCGCCGAGCCGACUUGCGCGAGCGAUAGAGACAGACCGAAAGAUAUAGAAACGGAGAGAAAGAGAACAGAGGAGAGAAGAAUUGUCGAGUGAACCCGAAAGAUAUUGUGUUUUCUGCGAGCGAGGAGCGUGGGGCAUUCAGGAGGCACGAGAGGUCCCCAGAUCUCACUGAGAGCAAACCGAGGCAAAACGUGGCGGAUUCGGUGACCCCUCGACUGUGAUCAGGCCCAUAGGCAGUAGGUAGGGCAAAGAGAUGCGCGAAUAUAAAAUAGUGGUACUGGGCAGUGGAGGUGUAGGCAAGUCCGCCCUCACUGUCCAGUUCGUACAAGAGAUCUUCGUAGAGAAGUACGACCCGACGAUCGAGGACAGUUAUCGCAAGCAAGUCGAGGUCGACGGUCAACAAUGUAUGUUAGAAAUUCUAGACACAGCCGGCACAGAACAAUUCACAGCCAUGAGGGACCUUUAUAUGAAAAAUGGACAGGGCUUCGUAUUAGUGUAUUCGAUAACAGCACAAUCAACUUUCAACGACCUGCAAGACCUCAGAGAACAAAUCCUGCGAGUAAAGGACACAGAUGAUGUGCCGAUGGUGCUAGUAGGUAACAAGUGCGACCUGGAGGACGAGAGGGUAGUAGGAAAGGAUCAGGGUGUCAAUCUUGCCCGGCAAUUCAAUUGUGUGUUUAUGGAGACCUCUGCCAAAGCUAAAAUUAACGUUCGCGAUAUUUUCUAUGACCUGGUGCGGCAAAUAAAUAAGAAAUCGCCAGAAAAGAAGAUGAAGCAGAAGAAGAAAUCGCUGUGCCUACUUUUGUAAGGUAGAUAUGGUGGAGCCCAUAUUCUCCUACAUGAAAAUCCAAGGAUACCAAUGGAUUUAAAAAAAAAAAAAAAAAAGAACCGGAGCGGUUAUAAAACAAGAAAGAUACUAAUGACAAAAGAGGAGAAGGGGGCUGACGGAAUAUUAGGCGACAGUAGAAUGGGUGUCUACGAUACUGAAAUCCGAACGGUUGUAAAACGGUGGUAGAGAGAUGGGAGAAUAAGGGCAUAUAAGGGCAUAAGGUAACGCAGCGAAAUGAAGAACGAAGAAAUACAUGGAAGGGAACGCAGCGAUAAGCAGAAGGAAAUAUUGUAUAUAACAUUGGUUCCGGGGUGGCUCGUGUGCACGCGCAAGCAAUGGCGCGCAAAGUAGGAUACCCCGCAGCAUCGGUUAUCACUGUAGGAGUUUUGCAUGAAUAAAUGAAAAAAAGGAAGAAAUGAUUAAUUAAUAUUAUAUAUUUAAGAGAAAGGAAGAGAUAAGAAAAAAAGAAACGUUUGUGGACGUGCGUGUGCGCAGGCCACCAGCCCCCAUGCAUCGCGCUCUCGCCGCGCACCUCUCUCUCUUAUAUAAUAUAAUAAUUAUACAUAGAUGGUACUUGAACAUGAUUAUUGCUAUUAUUAUUAAUAUUAAUUAAUUAUUAUCGGAUCAUCAAAAUAUUCAUAAGUUAUCAAACUCUGUUUGUUUCUCAAACAAAGUAUGUUUUUCUAUAUCUCUCCGUAUUAAGGCAAAUAAUAAAAAAAAAUCAGUGAAUGUUAAAAAA